AUGAGCGUCAUCGAAACUCAGGAAUUGAGCGAUGAGGGUAACGAGAAUGAUGACGAGGGUGAGGGGGGAUCAGCGGAAAGUGAUGAAAAAGGCGUACAGGGAGAGGGAUCAGGGGGGAAUAUCGUGAAACCAUCUCUUUUGAUGGAUGAAUUUAGGGUUGGGAUAGAUGAGUUGAAGAAGGAGAGAGAGGAGUUGAAGAAGGAGAGGGAUGAGCUAAGGAAAGAGAGGGAAGAGUUGAGAAAGAGAGAAGAGAGGCUUGAUGAGAGGGAGGCGUUGUUGAAAGAGAAAGAAUUGUUAAAGAUGGAGAGAGUAGAUCUAAACGAGAGAGUGCAGUUGAAGAAAGAGAAGGAAUUAUUUUUCAUCAUGAACGAGGAGUUGAAUAGGCGGAUGUGUGAGUUAUUGAGAGAAACUGAAAACUUAGCGAAAGAGAGGGAGGCCUUAAAGAAGGAGAAGGAAUAUUUCUAUAUACAGAGAGGACAGUUUAUGAGGGAUGAGGACGAGGAGUUGAAGAAGAAAGUCAAAGUUGAGGAUAUGGAAGAAAAAGAACAGGGAAAUGUGGAGUUGGAGGUGCAAUCGUAUGGUAUGGCGGAGCGUAAUCUAUUGGAUGAAGCACCCGUUUCUCCUCCUGUUUAUGUAAGGAGAACUAAAAGGGUACUUAAGCCAUCUUAUUAUAUGGUUUCUCCAUUCUUGUCCCUGUCUUCGAUCAAUACAACCCCGAACGUGGUGAGGCGACCUGAGGAAGCCGUAAACUUUCCUACAUCUCCGAUACCAUUUCAUCUACAGAUGGAUCCAUUCAGGAUGCUAUCGACGGAUGAACUCAAAGAGGUAGAAAAAUACUAUGAAGCAAAUAAGGAGACGGGAGAGGCUUCAUGGUUCAAGUCUAUAUGGGUAGAUGAUGCAUGGGUUGAUAGCGUGGUAAGCAUUCGUAUGAGAGUGUCUAUAUACAUUGACUUUCAUAUAGUUAUAUCUUUUAAUCGAUUAUUGCUGAAUCAUAUUAUCUUGUGGAGUAGGCUAUCGACAAAUAUGUUGACUUCCUAGAGGAAAGGCAGUCUGAUUGUGCAAUUGCAUAUCCCCAAGAUUGCAAGUUCUGUCCCACUUAUUUUAUGCCAUGCCUUCAAACUAGUAUGCCGACUCUAAGGGCGUAUCGGGACUCGAAGUCUGCUUCGGAACGUGCAAAGUUGGUAGGCAUGAUGAACAAUGUCAUCGCAAUUGCCAAGCAGCGGGGUAAAUCACACGCCAAGGAGAUUUGGUAUAGUGAACGGGUAAUUUAUUCAUCACAUAACAUCAAAAAAGGUCGUAAUGUGUUCUUUGAUCAUGUUUUUUAACUGAUAGCCUACUUCUUAAACAUGGACAGGUUUAUGUACCCGUCAACCAUGAUAACUCUCAUUGGUUCUUGAUGGUCCUAUAUCCAAGACAACGGGAGAUCAUUAUUAUCGAUAGCUUAGUGUCAAAUGCUCUCCUAAAGUAUAAGCAGA